AUGAAUCCCUUGGUGCUUUGCGGCGACGAAAAGAACCCCAUCUUCCGGUCUGUGCGAGCCGGCGAACCGGCGCGAAUUGACAAACUGGCACCGCGCACGACCUUUGUCAGAACGCUUUGUGCUUUGCACUGCAUCUCGGCACAGGUGCAAAGCAGGUUCCAGAAGCAUUUAGAGGAUGCUCAAGUCAUUGAUCGUUUACCCUCGAAGUUCGCGCCAUCUCUGAUGCUGAAGAAAUUGCUGAUGCCCUUUGGGCCUACCGACGAAGACCGCUACUGGUGGGCGCAGGAAGAACCCCAUUUGCUAAAGGAUGGUGCCCUCGCCGAUGUGGACCCUUCGAGGACCUUGAACGACAGUCAGCUCAAAGCACUGGAGUCAGCGGCGGAGAACACCUUGACGUUGAUCCAGGGACCCCCAGGUGUCUUGGACAAACAGACGCAGAACACCUUGCACGAGAGCCGAGAGCGGAACUCCUUAGGCACUGGGAAGACCACCACCUGCGUGCAGAUCCUACGGCGCUGGGCCAUGACCUUUAAGCGGCCAAACAAGAGCUGUCGAAUCUUGGCCACAAGUGGCUCCAACAUUGCCGUGGACAAUUUGGUAGAAGGCUUGCUGAAGGAGAAUGUGAAGGUGGUCCGCAUCGGCCGCCCGGAGAGCACUCGACCAGAGCUGGCGGCGAGCGCCGUGGAGAACGUGGCCGCGAAGAUGCUCGGGGUCUCAAGCCUCGCAGAGGUCCCAAGUUUCCAUCAGCGGCGCCAAGCCUUGCAUCAAGCGAUACUGGAAGCACAAGUGGUUUGUUGCACAGCAGUGACCGCUGGCGGUGGACUGUUGAGGGAUAUCUACUUCCCUUUGGUCCUGAUUGAUGAAGCUUCGCAAGCCACGGAGCCAGCCACAUUGGUUCCGAUUUGUCACGGCUGCAAGCAGCUGGUCCUUUGUGGAGAUCACUGUCAACUGCCCCCAACUGUCAAGAGCGAGAAGGAGCAUUCGGAAGUGCUGAAGAUGUCGUUGUUUGAGCGUUUGGCACUCACUGGGGUCAAGCCCGUAAUGCUGAACGUGCAGUAUCGGAUGCACCCGUUGCUGUCGGCCUUUCCAUCACAAGCCUUCUAUGAAGGGAAGCUCUUGGAUGCAAUCAUGCAAACUCCAGUUGAGAAGCCUCCCAGCUGGAAGUACAAGCACAACCUGGUGGUCGUACCGGUCUUCGACCAGGAGUCGCCCAAAGGUACAAGUCACAUGAACGAGGGGGAGGCUGAGGUCCUGGUUCCUUGGUGCUUGAGGCCAUCCGCUUCUUGUUACUAG